AUGUCGUUCAACUACGUUCUCGGAAACAUCAAUGCGUCCUUCGAAAGACUUGCGCUCUACUAUCGCGACUUCAUGGAACGGACAGAGCAAGCUUUUCGAGCAAUGCAUCAACGCCUCGUCAAUUUGGAAGAACGGCAAGGCGCACCCAGCGAUGAGCAGGUGGAACGAGUACUGCGAAAAAUACUAGCCGAAAGAUUUGCAGAUUCCAUCGUCCCGCCGGCUGCCCAUACCGUCCCUGUAAAGGAAGAAGAUACUUUCGUUAAGCCGAAGCCAAACGAUAUAAUUCCGGAAACGCUUUCUAUCGAUGUCAGUUCACUUCAGGUCGACCCUGAUGCUGUCCCAUCGAAGAUGUAUGGUGAAACACUCAAGAUGCUCGAGGGCAAGCUGCCGGGGUUUCCAAACGUGGAGGGGCCUACGACGGAUGAAGAUUAA